AUGACAAGCCGCUUAUCGAGCCUCCUCCAGGCAUCACCACGACCACGAAGAUAUUUUCAUAGCUUCUCUGCCACAUGCGCAGAAAAUCACAAAUGCGCGAGCGAAAAACUGUUCGCGGAUGCAGAAGAGGAGGAAGCAGAAGAAGCUCGAAACCCGUCACCAAGCAUUUCAAACAUUCAUCGACUGCAGAGCCGGGAUGUAAACUGGACAGGCGAAGAGUCUAUACAGGAUGCUGUACUGCGUAUGCUCGUUGACAAAUAUAAGCCUAUGCGCACGGGGUCUAUCAGGACCGCUGACGUGAAGCUGAAGGAGGCGCCGCCAAAAGUGCACACGGAAGCCCUUGCCGUCGAACAGUCUACCCGAACGUGGCAGGAACUUGCAAAUAAACCUUUGCUCCCUUCUGUAGAGGGUCACAAGCCAUGGCUUACCACUUACAAGACCCCUUCUCAUGCAUCCGCAUCCAUUAAGCUUGGUAACUUCACACCUGCAUCUGCACGCACGCCCGACGUCCAUGCUACGACAGGCGAGCACACUAGAAAGACAGAGAGGGAGCUUGCAAGACGAAAAGAGCAUGCAGGGCGAUUGUCCAGAGCUAAAGAGUCGACAUUGGAUUAUCGUUUAGGCUUGAAGAACAACGGGGGGCAACACGCUGCUCGUCCUAACCCUGUCAGUAUGAAGGGGUGGCAGGCUUUGAUAGAGGACAAGAUACAGAAAGCUCGAGCUGCCGGACAUUUCGACAAAAUUAAAGGGCGAGGUCAGCCCAUAGUCAGAUUGAGCGACGAGCAUAACCCUUUCAUUGCGAGAGAAGAGUUUCUCAUGAACCGGAUUGUCCAGAGGAACGGGGCAGCUCCACCAUGGGUCGAAGUCCAAAUCGAGCUCGAGACUGCAGUAAACGCAUUCCGCAAUGUCCUGAAGCAGUCGUGGACAAGGCGCGCCAUUAGAACUUUAACGAUGUUGCAACCAGCGGCGAUGUUGCCUUCAUUGUCGCUUGACAGAGUGACAUCAUUGCGGGAUCGCGAGUGGGAAGAACGAGAGCGCUCUUACCAUGAUACAGCCGUCGCCGACUUGAAUUCUUUGGUGCGUAAAUACAAUGCCCUUGCGCCAUAUUCUGUGCGCCGCCCAUAUCAUUCUCGGGAGGCCGAAUUAGCCAAGGCAUAUGAUGUUUGUGGGGAGGACAUUCUACGUGGGAUAUCAGAGAGAAGAAGGGAGAUACACGCCAGAUCAGGUGCCUCUUUACUUUCUGAAGUCGAGUCUUGUGCGGAAGUUGAUGCAUCCGUGGCCUACCCUUUGAGGUUUCGAGAUAUCAUACGCCAGUGGUUGGUGAAGCUACGAGACAGAUUCAUCAAUGUAUUCUGAACGACACGCUUCCAUGGCUGAUCAUACAUACAUUCAUUUCCCCGUGCCCAGGCGAUAGCUCAAGGGCU